UCAGCUGACGAGAAAAGUUUGGUUUUCCAAAGUCGUAUGCGAAUAACUCUAAGAUUCGGCGCGCCUAUUGGCUCGAUCGCGCAUGACGUCACAGUCGCUAUAAAACUCAGCCAUGCUUUAAAACUCUACAGUAAUGUGUCGACUUUAAAAACUCUCUCCUGCUCGUUCUGUGUCGGCGCACUUACCAAACGUUACACCCACCCGUCUGACCACGAUGCUUUUUGCUGUCCACGAGUCACCAAAGUGUUAAAUGUUUGAAAUCCAAAGCCGCCGAAAUUCUCACGCAUAGAGACGAGUACGCGAUCCGAUGCGUGUGCGCAACAGACUGUGCCAAGGAGCGCGCGUAAUCUGGAGUUAAGGGAGCAUCGAAAAGACUUGUUUUAUUUUCCUGCCGAGAGUUAAAGAUUUGAAAACAUCAAGCUGGCUCACGCAGUCCCGACCCAGCCCGCCCUGACAGCUGCUCUUCAGCCGCACUGGAGGACGGUAAGCAGCAAGAGGAUGGCAUCAGAGCUGGCACUGAGCAGCUCCGACCUGCCCACAAGUCCCCUGGCCAUGGAAUAUGUUAAUGACUUCGAUCUGAUGAAGUUCGAGGUGAAGAAGGAGCCACUGGAGCCCAAUCGCAGCAUCAACCAGUGUAGUCGCCUGAUCGCCGGGGGCUCCCUGUCUUCCACCCCGAUGAGCACGCCCUGCAGCUCGGUUCCACCUUCCCCGAGCUUCUCGGCGCCCAGCCCGGGCUCCGGGAGCGACCAGAAGGCGCACCUGGAGGAUUUUUACUGGAUGACCGGUUACCAACAGCAGCUCAACCCGGAGGCGCUGGGCUUCAGCCCCGAGGACGCGGUGGAGGCGCUGAUCAACAGCGGCCACCAGCUCCAGAGUUUCGACGGCUAUGCAAGGGCGCAGCAGUUUACCGGGUCGGGAGGCGCCGCGGCAGGGGAGGAGAUGGGCUCCGCCGCCGCGGUGGUGUCCGCAGUCAUCGCCGCCGCCGCCGCGCAGAACGGCGCGCCUCACCAUCAUCAUCAUCAACACCACCAUCACCACAGCCACCAGCAGCACCAAUCCCCUGGGGUUCAGUCCGGCAACGGCACCUCCGCCGCGCACCACCAGCACGCGCACCUGGACGAGCGCUUUUCCGACGACCAACUUGUCACCAUGUCCGUGCGCGAGCUUAACCGGCAUCUGCGCGGCGUCAGCAAAGAGGAGGUGAUCCGGCUCAAACAGAAGAGGAGAACCCUCAAAAACAGAGGCUAUGCCCAGUCGUGUCGCUAUAAGCGGGUCCAACAGAGGCACGUGCUGGAGGGCGAGAAGACCCAUCUUAUGCAGCAGGUGGACCACCUCAAGCAGGAGAUCUCCAGACUGGUGCGCGAGAGAGACGCAUACAAAGAGAAGUACGAGAAGCUGGUGAACAACGGCUUCCGAGAAAACUCAUCAAGCAGCGACAACAACCCAUCAUCACCAGAGUUUUUCAUGUCAUCCAGAAAGUUUCUCCAUCUGUGACUGUAAGGUGACUGUGAGCUCCCUGAUCCUGACUUUAAGGAGUGAGAUAUCAUGGCGGCAGGUGACAGGGAGACUCGCAGCACAAGGCCUUUCACAAAGCACAAGACUACAAACUUUCUGAAGAAAUAAUUAAGCAGAUUCACAAUUCCCCACUUCCACAACAGCACUGUCCUUAACAGCCCCAUGUUCCUCAAUUGUAGCUUCUUUUUUCUACAAAUAAACAUAUCAAAUGACAGCUUCAGGAAAACAAGACUUCAAUCAGAAGACAGCAAACCUCAUGGAAACCUCAUGCUAUUCAGCUGCUGGAAACAAUCUUUUCUCUUCAGGUGAAAAACAUCAGUGCUUGUUAUUGUGAUCAGCACAUGAGUGACUUUGGUUCACUCGGGCUGCAAACAGCAGCGUUGUAGCAGAAAUCUUCUCUGCGGCCUAAGCCAUUAAUUAUCACAACCACAUAAUCUUAAAAAAAUAACCAAAUUAGCUGAAGACAAGUAUAUAUUAUAAAUAUUGUCUAGGACAUGCCUUCCCCUAAGAUUAUCAAUUACAAGCAUGUACACAUCUCACUUAUUUUAUUCAUGCAGUAAAAGAUUGCAAAUUUGAACAAUACACAGACCUGAAUAAUACCUACUAAUCAAGCUAUGAUUGUUCGACUUUAUUUUUGAGAGUGAAGAUUUGCAACACAUACUGAGUUUGGGUUAUUUGGUUAUUUUCAACCCAGUGUUGGUUCAAAAAGGGAUGAGUCCUGCUGUUGGGAUGUUUUUUGCAAGGCUAUAUGCAAGGUUGUUUUAACCCAUUGUUGGGUCAAAUAUAAACAUUUUCUGUGUUAAAUUUAACCCAAUUACUGGGCUCGUCUCUUUUUGACCCCACAGUGGGUUUAAAAAAACUAGCAUUUUUAAACUGUAACACUCACCUUGUACUACGCCACUCACCUUGUCAUUCCAAACUUGCAUUUUUCUUUCUUCUGUGGAACACAUUUUUUUUCUUUAAUUACAUGUUUUACUUAAUGUUAUAUUUUAAUUACGAUUUAUUCUAAAUUUUGGUUAAAAAUAUGAAUAAUUAUUAUUUAUUAUAAUGUAAAAUUAUUCAUUUACUUAUUUAUUUACUUAUUUAAGCCCACAUGACUUGUUUGCUGCAUUAUUCCAAGUCAUUUGAUAGCUUUGAGUGGGAACAGGCGGAGGUUAUUAGAAGUACUAAAAAUCUUGCAAACAAUAACAACUCUCCCAUGUAGCUUCUGUAAUUCUGCAGAUUUAAAGGUGCAGUGUGUAAAUUUUAGCUGCAUCUAGUGGUGAAGUUGCGAAUUGCAACCAAUGGCUCAGUCCACUGCUCACCCCUUGCUUUUGAAACGCAUAGAGAAGCUACAGCAGCUGCCACCCGACAAACAUGUCAUCUUCAGAGACAACUUAGUAAAAAAGUUUGUCCGUUAAGGGCUUCUGUAGAAACAUGGUUGCACAAAAUAGCGACUUCCAUGUAAAAGGACCCUAAGUAUGUAGAUAAAAAUGUCUCAUUCUAAGUUAAUUAAAAACAUAACAGUUCAUUUUGAAAGGUCUUUAUACACCUCUGAUAAUAUAGUUUUGUAUAUUAUUUUGCAUUUCUGUCAAGAGAUCCUUCUUAAAAUUACACACUGCACCUUUAAACUUGGCAGGUAACUUGAAUUUUGAGACAUGGAAGAACCAUUUGCAUUUAGUGACAUUAACAUAAUUUUCUGGGGUAAAUAAUGCCUUACAUUUUCAUUAUCUUAUUGCUUUAACUGACGUCAACUGAAUAUAGUGUACAGGUCAGGACUACUUUUAUUGUGAUUUUUUGGAGAGCAGUAUUGACAUUUUGUCUUGCACUGAACAAACAGUCAUACAGGUCUGGAAUAACACGAGUAAUUGAUUCAUAUUAUUUUUGUGCAAACUUUAAAGAAAAGUAUGAUGGAGAGAAAGGAGAGUUAAGCGAUGAGAAGAGACACAUAUCUUUAUUUAACUCAACAAUGGAUUACUUAUAUAAUAUAUGAUAUAGUUUAUAUUCAAGUCAAGUGGUUUAUUAAUAUUAAUCAUAGGUGUACAGUUUGUGUACAGUACCUUCCCUUCUAAAGUAUUUCCCCCAACUCCAUGUCACACUGGCAUUAAUGCAUGUGGAAAUUAGGCAGACUUUGAGUAUGUGUUGCUCUCUGGGACUCUGAAAGUGACCUGUUAUGCUGCGCGUUUGUGAUUUUGGGGCCUUUGAAGAAGAGUCCUUCAAGAACAAUUUAAAUUUACUGUACUCAUCUCUGGAUCAGUGGCUGACAGCUAAGCUGCCAAAUGGAUUAGCAACCCAGUGUUUUGAGGUCAAACACUACGGCCCUUUGUAGCACAUGCAGAGAAUUUAUUUACAUACAAAAACUUGGCUGUCUCUAAAAGACACCGUGAGCUUGAAGAUGCAUGAAAUGCACGUAAAAACACAUAGACAACUUUCCAAGGAUUCUCAUCUUUGCUGCUACCUUCCUCUUCUUCUUUCUGAACUGCUUUUCUUUGAAAAGACUGAUCCAAGCAAUCCAAAAGUUCUUAUACUCCGCAAAGGGUUCUUUGACCAAUUCAAGUAUGCUUUGGCUGUAACCACAGCUAACUUAGUAGGAAUAGAGAGAGUCUAGUCAAAACAAGUGCUUGGGUUUUGUACAUAAUGUAAAACGAUUACCUAUAGAAAUGUGCAUGUUGAUGCAUAGCUGAAAUACUACUGAUUGGCCAAUCAAAAGAAAAACCUGUGUUCCAGGUUUGGAAGUGGGUUAUGAUUUAAAGACUUCAAAUCAACAUCAGUAUAUAGUUUGACAUAUUUACAAGUGAAACAGGAUAUUAAUUCACAAAAUAAAAUUAUCAGGAAAAAUUAGAUAAUGAAAAUAUAUGAAAUAGAUACCAGAGUCAGAUGCUUAGAUGGCAGCUGUUCAGGAAUUAAGUUAUAACUGUUUUGCUAUGGAUUAUAAAAGGUUUUUUUGCACCAAUAAAUUAUGCACAAAAAGGACUGUAUCAAGAAAGUAAAUAUGGUUCAUUUUAAUUUUAUCUUAAAGGGACACUUCAUCCAUUUGCAUAAAGCUUUGUAUAGUUAGAACCCCAGUCAUGUUUUUGAAUGGUCAUGCAUCAUUUCCUCAGUUGUCACUGAGACAGGAGAAAUACAGACUUCAGUGUUGCACUUCCUUCUUUCAAUGAUGUAAAAAUCAUCAUUUUGCAUCAUUGAAAGAAGGAAGUGCAAUAUCUUUGUUGAGGAAGUGAGACUACAAACACCCCUUUUCUCGGUCAAAUAGGCACCAAAUUCUAAAUGUAUGUUACAUUUCGACUACAAAUAUGACACACUUUCAAUAAAGAUUAAUGUUUCUACGGGUGAAAUGCUCCUUUAAC